GUUAUACAGUUAUACGUUUGACAACACAAACAACAGUUGUUGUCAUUGAAUAGAAAACAUAAUGUAAUGUAAGGUAACGUCAAAUAAGUUAACAUAAGUUGAGGUAAAAUAAUGUAAUCAAUGAAUGACUCAAUCAAUGACUCGAUGGACACAACACUUGACGUAUGACUGAGUGAUGACAAGCAUUGGUGACCACAACGUGUGGGUCAUGACUGCCAAACAACGGGUCACACAAUGAAUACCAAUAACAGUGAUCACAACCAACCCUUCAUAGCUCAGGUGAUCCGACAUUUCGACACCGAGUUUGCAGAUGAAUUGGCCGCACGGGUCGGGGAUAUCAUUGAAGUCGAGACUAAAGUCGACAAGUAUUGGCUCUAUGGACACACCAAUAGCCACUCGGGACGCAUCCCGACAGCUAAUUGUCGCCAAUUGACCAUUGAUUUGAACUCUCUCUAUCCUAACGGUUCCGAAGAUCAGCGGUCAUUGUUUGCGGCCAACAAUGACUUUAUACACGAGUGUGUGGACGGCGACCUGCGGUUCACUCGCGGAGACCUUAUUAUCGGCUUGGAACCGGUAGAUGAGAACUGGUGGAACGGGUAUGUCAUGGCAAACCCCAAUUUGAUUGGCAUAUUUCCAUUGACACAUGUCUGGCAAUUAGACAAUAAAUAUUUGCCGAAAAAAAUUAAACCGAGUGAUGAAAAUUAUAAUAAUGAUAGAAAAAUGUACGCAAAAGUAGUGAUUGAGAUGCACUCACAACUGGACAAUGAAAUUGAUUUAUAUAAAGACGAAAUAAUGGUUAUCACCGAUACAUACGAUAAAAUGUAUUACAGCGGACACUCAUUGAAUGGACAACGCGAAGGCAUUUUUCCAAAAAAUUUUGUUAAAAUUUUAGACAAUUAUCAGCCAACAAAUGACGAAAACAAUAUGUGUGGCGACGAGUUAGUGACCAAUAAUACCGACACUCAGAUGUUUGAAACCGAAGUCAUCGACAGUAGUGCUAAUGAAGAGAACCCACCGUCUUAUGAAAACGUAAUAAAUUCGAUGGUGUAUUGCGAGGACCAACUAAUGUCAAGUCAACCCCAGUUUCACGGCUACUCCAAUGGAUACGUCGGUGAUGUCCAGUCAUACGGUCGGACAUUAUUUCCAUUUCGGGCCGAAUUUCCCAAUGAAUUGAGUCUUAAAGUGAACGAAAUCGUUCAUUUGAUCCGACAUAUUGAUAAUGAGUGGAUUGAAGGCGAAAUUGAUGGUAAAGUCGGUAUAUUUCCUAAAAGUUAUAUCGAAAUUAUUGUCGAUUGUGAUACCAAUAGUAUUUCAAAUCAAAACAACAGUAUUAUUGAAAGUUUUCCAAGCGAUACAUUUGCACGAGUUUUAUAUGAUUUUAACGGUGAAUUCGAAGGCGAUCUCAAGGUGAGUGAAGGCGACACUUUGACAUUACUAAGAAAAAUGGACACUAAUUGGUAUGAAGUUAUGGACGAUUUAGAGAACAUAGGACUCGUGCCAUAUAAUUAUUGUGAGAUAAUUGAAGACAUCCCGUCCUAUCAAUCAUUGAAUUCAUUGGCACAUAAAGUGGAUGAAAACAAAUUAGCUAUAAAUACAACAAAUGACUUAAUUAAUGAAAAUCAUUUACAAGUGAACUCAAUUCCGGUGAUUAAAGAUAUUGAACCAGUGAUUACACCUAUGAUUAACCAAGAAUUUGAACCAACAAUAGUUAAUAAUGAUAAUCAACAAAAUGUUGAUAAUUCUGAUAAUAAAAUGUUAAAUUUAUCGAUUAAAGAGCCCAUUGUUUUACCAAAAAUGUCACCAAAAGAACCACGAAGAUCUGCACCACCAGUUCCCAAAUUAAAUGAAAACCAAGUAUCACCUCAACGACCGCCACCUCCCGUUCCUAGACAUAAAAUACCACUUAAAUUACAUGCAAGUAAUGAUAGUAUUGAUAGGAUUCAUAUGAAUAGGAAUGACUCGAUUAGAGCAAGUAUUGCAUCGAAUUCGAGUUCGGGUUCUACUCAUUCUGACAGUGCUUUCGGUGUAACUAAAACUCAAAUGACUGCUGAAGACCAACAAAGAGUUGACGAGAGAAAGAAAAAAGUUAGAGAACAGAGAAGUUGUGUUAUAAUGGAGUUAUUGCAAACAGAAAGAGAUUAUCGACAAAGUCUUGAGGUGUGCGCCGAUAUAUUUCUCACAAAUCCUGAAGAAGCGCGCAAUUGUGGCAUUGAUUUACAGAAACUGUUUGGUAAUCUAAGAGAUAUUAUUGAAGUCUCGUCUCUAUUAAUACAACGUCUUGAAGAAUCAACUCAAAUGAAGAAAUACGAACAUCAAAUGGUUGGCAAAUGUUUUCUUGAUGUGUUGGACCAAAUGAAGACAACGUACAGUCAAUAUUGUAGAAAUCACGACCAAAUGCUACCAUUAUAUAGACGAUAUGAGUCCAUACCUGAUGCUCGACAAUAUCUAAUGCAUGGUUUCGAUAUUAUGAAAGAACGAACCAAUUGUUUUGAUAUUCCAUCAGUUCUUAUAAAACCUGUUCAAAGAAUACUCAAAUAUCCUCUUUUAUUAAACGAAUUACACAAAUGUACUGAAGAUGGACAUCAGGAUAAACCCGAUUUGAUUCUUGCCAUCGACAGGAUCACAGAUAUGGCGACACAUAUCAAUGAAUUUAAACGCCGACAGGAUUUGGUUCACAAAUAUAGAUGUGAAUCAAAUAACAAAUUGUCGCAUAAAUUGUUGAAAUUUAAUUUUCAUACCGUUAUGAAAAAGAGCUCACGUUUAGGACACAGAAUAACAUCUACUUUAGGUCUUUCAUCAACUACUAAGGACGACGAGUUUAAUCAUGCGGUCCAUAAGUUUAGAACCUUAGAGAAGACUAUUAAGAUAUUUAUUAAAGACAAACAGGCAUUUAUGAAGUCUGUUGAAGACUUUUGUCAUCAAGGAUUAGCUGUUGUUGAGGCUAUUGGCGAGUAUUACGAUAAGAGAAAUCGACAACAAGAAGUGGAACAAUUGAGAACAACUCAUCGCAUGAUUGUUACUCAAUACUUGACACUAUUUAAUGAUACAGUAGAUAGAGAUGUAACGCCAGUAUUAGACAAAUUGUUACAAAAGUUUUCAGGACCAAAUAAACUAAUAAACAAGAGAUACGAUAAAAUGACAGAUUUUGAUUCACUUUCAAAAAAACUCGAGUGUAAUAAAGAUAUGUCACGUCUUAAGACAAUCCAAGAUCAGCAACUAAUGGCUAAAAAUGUUUACGAAGCCAUAAACACACAAUUACUGGAGGAGUUACCCAAACUUUGUGAACUAUUGAUGCAAAUGUUUCAGGACUGCAUUCAAUCAUUUCUUUUGGCUCGUAAACAGCUUAUCGGACGUAUAGCUAAACAUCAUUUGAUACUUUUGGAGUUACCGUCAGUGAUGAGCUUCAAGAGCGGAUCCACUGAUGAUAUAAAUGAUACGUUUCAGAUCAAACAUAAUUUGAUUACCGAACAGCUAUUGGACGAAAUCUCAAUACUUGCGGCCAAUGUAUUUCCAAACGUUGCUUCGGGAGGUAUGAAUCAGUCUGACACCAAAAGACACUCAAAACGCAGUUCACAAAUGACAAACAUUAAUCUCUCGGUGGCCAACACUGUCGGUGUUAAUCAUAAUAUGAAUAAAAAUGUCCAACAAUCUGCUUCUCAACGCGCAUACCUUCAAUCUCGCUAUAUAUCUCAUCAAUUAUACGAAGCGAUCAAACCAUACGAAGCGACUGAUGUGUUAGAUAUUUACUUAAAUAAAGGCGAUUUGGUUGGUGUUAUUAAACAACAGCACCCAAUGGGUAAUCAUCACAAAUGGUUUGUCGAUACCGGCAAUGCUAAGGGAUUCGUGUUGUCUGAUGUAUUAGCCAUACACUCUAAUCCAUGGGUUUCGACUCUAAACAACACUAAUGUUAGAUCACAGACAACAUAUGAAAAACCAGAAAAGAGUGAAAAGUUGAUGACACAAACUUCAAUGCAUAGUUCAAAUAACACAACCUCACCAUUAAUACAACAUCAAUACAAAGUGUUUCCAUCACCUGAUCCAUCCGUCCAAUUGAGACACGAGACAGAAACGCAUCGCUAUGUAGAAGUGGAUGACUCACCUCCACGUUAUAGCCGUCUCGAUAUGUCUAAUACGAGCGCUAGUCUUAUGACAUUUGAAACAAGUUUAGAUGAGAAACAGCAGCUUAAAAGUCAAGAGAUUCUUAAUUUAGGUGAAUUUGAUCCGUACGCACCGGUAGGUCGAGCAGAAUCAUCUUCCAUUCCAUCCAUUCCUUGUGCAACUAUUGAGCACCGAUACGAUGUUGUUUCUGAUGACUGUAAUAACAAAAUGAAUACUAAAUCUUCAGCACCACUACCACCACAACAACAACCAAAUGACAUGUAUUUUGCUGCCUAUCCUUUUAGAGCAAAUGGAGACAAUCAAUUGAGCCUAGAAUUCGGUCAAUCGGUUAUAUUACUUAAGGAUCGGGAUCUCAAUGGCAAUAACCAGUGGUGGUUUGUGGCCGAUAAAGAGGGUAAUACAGGUUACGUUCCGUCUAAUUAUCUUCAAAAAUAUCAAACUAAAUAAUAUAAUGUGUAUUUU